GCCGGCCCUCAGCUCGUCCAGAUGUUCAUCGGAGACGGAGCGAAGAUCGUCCGGGAUGCUUUCACGCUCGCUAGGGAGAAGUCUCCUGCCAUCAUCUUCAUCGACGAGCUGGACGCCAUCGGCCAGAAGCGCUCUGGCGGCGGCGAGCUCUCAG